AUGCGAGCUUUGAGUGCCCGCAUUCCAUGGCAGACAUUGCGACCGCUGUUGCGAAGACAUGGCUCUUUGGCGGACCACCGGACUCUUCGAGAAUUUGAGGACUUGCGGCAUCACCUGGUAAGCCAGGGAGCAGACCUGGAUCCAGAACUGCUGGUCGUGGGAGAGUCGUCCGAUGGUUUUGGCGUAUUUGCCGGCCGAGCAAUCCAGAAGGGUGAGGUGAUUGCUUCAGUUCCCCGCCGACUUGUUUUGGAGGUCCCCUUCGCCGUUCCGCCCCGACCCAAAGGGCCAGUGGAAGCGCAGCCUUUGGCAGCCGCUGCUGGAGGUCAUGGCCAGUGGUACGAUGUCAUGGGCUUUCCGGAGGGCCGCGCCGCAGUCACGAAAGCUGCCGAACGCCUGAUCGAGGAGUACCAAGCAGGUCAUAAAUCUCCAUUCAAGGCCUACUGUGCAGCUCUGCCGCCCCCUUCGGGUCUGCCUCCGCCACUGCAUCCCCUGAGGCGCAGGUGGCCUUUGGAGCUGUUAAGGGCCAGCCCCAUGGUGGAACGUCUUUACAGGGAAGCCAGCCGUUUGAACUCAGAAUGCCUGGAUGCUUUGGCCAAAAUUCCUGAUUGCAGCCUUGAGUUGCGGUGCUGGGCAUUGGCUGCAGUUAUCACGCGAAACUUUGCCCUCAACGGAUCAACCGCAGGUGUGACAUCUCUAGGGCUGCUUCCAUUCAUCGACCUCUUCAACCACCAAAGCUCUGAAGGAGGCAGAAUGACGUGGACGUGCUCCUAUCAAGAGAGACACGGCUGUGUGGUCAUGGUGGCAGAUCGUGGCAUUGCCAAAGGCGAAGAGCUCACCUUUGUUUACGCUGCGGCGCCGGAUGCAGCCUUGCUCAUCCAGUAUGGCAUUCCUCCAGCAUGCUCGAACUUCCACAACGUAGCCGGGAUUCAGAUCCAUUCCGAUGUGCUGGGAGCAGAUGUUCGCAAUGCGGCGCGUGACUGGGGCUGGACCGACUUGACGAAGCCGCUGCUCUUCACCCUUCCGGAAGCUUGGCAGAGCGAUGCAGAGCGGACUGCGGCUUAG